CGACAAAUAACAUCUGCCACGAAUAAGUUCUUCUCAUAUUUAGAAACAAGAGCGAAAGCAAUAGAAAAAAGAAAUUAAUCUGGUGUAUAACCGGUCAAGAACAGCUGCCAUUUCUUUAGUCGUAAGAUUAGACACAUAUAUCUAAGAAACGUACUCUACCGUACGUGCUCUCCAACAGCUUCCCACCAACGCUUCAAACACGUUAGAUAACCACCCAGGAUGUCAGUUCCUUCUCAGAUGAAGUGCCUGCUGAAGGAAACGGAGAAAGAGGGAUAUGACUUGGUAACCCGACCUGUCCCCAAGCCCGGCCCUGGUGACGUCAUCAUCAAGGUUGAUAAGGUGUCGAUCUGUGGCUCGGAUAUCAACCUCUGGAAAUGGAAUGAUAUUGCACAGGUUAUUGCAACAAUUCCCUUUAUACCAGGUCACGAGGCAACCGGGGUCGUGGUGGCGGUGGGCGAGGGCGUGACGGAAGUGCGUGUCGGGCACCGGGUGGCGGUGGAAAACCAUUUCUUCUGCGGCCUGUGUUAUCAGUGCAAAGUGAGCCUCUUUGUCGACUGGGGUGAAGGGGGUGUGAUUUGCCCCGUCUGCUGUUGUUGAAAGAGAAUGAGAGGGAAAAAAAAGGUAUGUCACCUCCCUUUACAACGCUUUCCUCUUCCUCUCCCACCAGGCGUUGCCCACAACGCCGUUGACAACAUCGACGUCAAGGGCGAAGACGUGCUGGUGCUCGGCUGCGGUCCCGUCGGCCUCUUCGCCAUCGCCGUGGCCAGGGCGCUCGGCGCCCGGGCGGUUUAUGGCGUGGACAUCUCCCCAACGCGACUCGAGCUGGCCAAGCAGAUGGGUGUCACUCGCGUCAUCAACAGUGCUAAGGAGGACCUCGAGUCGACUAUCAUGUCCCUUAGCGACAACAACGGCGUCGGUCGCAUCGUCGAGGCCAGUGGCGCCGCCUCGCUCCUCAACCAGUCAUUCUCUUGGCUGAGGAAGGGUGGACAGAUGGCACUGAUAGGCAUACCUAAAGCACCUCUGCAUGUGGAGAAUGCCCUGACCAAUGUCAUCUUUAAAUCCCUGACUCUCAAGACUGUUCACGGGCGAAGGAUCUUCCGCACCUGGCAAGAGUGCGAGAGGCUCCUGGCUGAUGGUCUGGUGGAUGCAGCCCCAGUAAUUUCUCAUCGCCUCCCUAUGAGCCAGUUUGAACAUGCAUUUCAGGAACUCUUAAGCGGUGCUGCAUGUAAGAUCAUCCUCGAUCCUCAAAAUUGAUUGUUCAGGCACUUACCAAUAAAGAAUACACACAAAAGUUA